UUAUAAAAGUUUGUAAAGAAGUGAUUUUUCUCCUUCACUGAUGUGCGCUAAGUGAUGUGCACUGAUGGGCACUGAUAGGUGGCAAUGAUGGGCACUGAUGAGGAGGCACUGGUAGGUGGCAGUGAUGGGCAUUGGCAGGCAUCACUGAUGGGCACUGAAAGGCAGCACUCAUAUAUGGCACUGAUAGGUGGCACUGACUGGCACUGAUUGGCGGCACUGAUUGGCGGCACUGAUUGGCGGCACUGACUGGCACUGAAAGGCAGCUCAGAUGGGCA